AGGCAAAACCAUAGGUAUGGGUGGCUUCGGCGAGAUAUACCUGUGCCGUCGGGCGGGCGAUAAGGCCGAGCAGUUCGUGUGCAAAGUGGACAACUAUGACGGCCCGCUCUUCGCCGAAAUGAAUUUCUACAUACGUGUGGCCAAAGAGGACAGUAUCGGCGCGUUUAAGGCCGCCCAGCGGUUGAAGUACUUGGGAAUGCCUCGCUAUGUGGCCAACGGUAUACACGACAUCACUUCGCCCGCCGGCGCCCACAAUAAGCUGAACAAAGAGACGGCCCGCGAGUGGAAGAGUCAGGCGAAGGCCAAUAGGAAUUCGCCAACUCUUCAGUACAGGUUUUUAGUGAUGCAACGCUUCGGCCCGGAGUUGGCCGCAGCCGUGAAGAAGCGCCUGACGGCCACCGAUGCCGCGCAUAUCGGCGCCAAAAUGAUUGAUGUCCUCCAUUACAUCCAUACGUUUGGUUACAUUCACGCCGACAUCAAAGGCACAAAUAUAUUGCAAGCGUUGGCCACAGUCUCGAAGGGCAAGACCAGCGCCGCCGCCAACAGCAGCGACUACUACCUCGUGGACUACGGUCUGGCCGAGCGGUACAGCGAUCUGAGCGGCAAACAUAAGGACGAAGUGCCCGACCGGAAGCGGGCCAACAACGGCACCGUCGAGUAUCGGUCGCGCGACGCCCACAUCGGCCUCAUUAGCCGCCGCUCAGACGUGGAGUGUUUGGCAUACAAUGUGAUUGAGUGGCUGUCGGGUCGCCUCCCGUGGAUGGACUGCUUGGCCAACGCCGCCAAAGUGGAGACCAUGAAGAGGGACGGCAUGAAAAACAUGGACAAACUGUUGCGCCAGUGUUUCGCCGGCCAUACAGUGCCCACUGGUCUCAAAGAGUUUAUGCAAGAAGUGAACAAAAUUGGCUACAAAUCUGAACCCAAUUACGCGCUUUUGAAACGGAUUCUGACCGACAAAGUGGCCAAAAGUAAAGCAAUUGCGGCCAACAAGAGGGCCGCCAAUGACGACGACGACGAGGAGUCGGACGAAGAGGAGGACCGGGAGUCAGACGGCGAGGACGACGACGACGAGGAGGUGGAGGAGGAGAGGCCGAGACGUGGCAAUCGUAGAGUCGGGCCGUCCAACACGCGGGCCGUCAAUAAGUCGCCGCCAAAACGCAAACGCCCGGCGACUAAGACAACGGCCGCCAAAAAGAGGAUAUCAGUGGUCGAGUUGAGCGACAGUUCGCCGGAAAGUAGCGCCGGUCGAGCGAAGGGCAAGAGUCCGGCCAAGAAGUUGCGAGUCGUGGCCAACACUAAAUCGGACAAUCAUUUGGACGCGAAGACACCGAAGAACAAGAAUGGCCGAGAUGAGUUUCGAUUUAGUACACCGUUGAUGUUCUCGCGCAAAGAGGACAGUUUUGGUAACCCUAUUACCGACAGCGACCACUCGCCCGACCGUACGCGAGACGACAGCCAACUGAAUGGCAGCGUAGCCUCCAGUGGUGGCCGUAGGGCUCAUCGCAACACAUCAUACUAUAGCCCAAUGGGCGGCUCGUUGUCCGAUAUCGAGACCAGUCGACGGGAGUCGCCAAUUAUGGUGAAGACAGCGACGGCACCGAUAGUGACCGCUGUUGUGGUGGAGACGGAGGCGAUGCGAGCGGUGCGCCAAAAGCUUAACAUUAAGGCACAGCAGGUGUUGGCGCCGCCCAUACAGACAGAAACGCCGCAAAUGAAGGAAAUCCGCGAAAUGAGGGAAAGGAAGGCAUUGGAGGCCACGAAGAAGACCACGAAGAAGAGGAAGUGUUAA